AUGCCUGUUCCUAGCUUCCAUCAAGCAUCGACGCGUCUCCAAGCGCAUCUCCUCCGGAGAGGCAGACGGCCGUGGAGGGCAGCUAGUGGCAGGGAAGAGCCGACGCAGCCUCUCGAGCAACGUGUCUUCUGGUCCUGCUUCAAAGCCGAAAACGAAAUCCUGCCCACCCUAGGCCUGAGAUCAAGCGGCCUCGAGGACUUCACCUACCCAGACUCCUUCCCCGCGCCGCCGUCGACCCUCUCCUCGGCCAGGCCCGCCGCCGGCGACUACUACGCGUGGUCGCCCAUGUCCGACGACCAGCAGCGCGUCGAGGAGGAGCGCAGCUGGCUGUACUAUCUCGCCGAGAUCUCGCUUCGGCGCACCAUCAAAGACACCAUGGCGGUGCUGUACCGCAAGGGCGAGACGUACUGGCUGCAGAACGAGCAGCUCCUGGUGCGACAGUAUGACGAGUUCGAGAAGGAGAUUUCGCAGCUGCAUUCUCACCUGCCGCCCCUGAUUCAGUUCGACGAGCACCGGCACGCCGACAACGAGCUCGCGUUCUACCUGCAGGGCAGGUUCCAGGGGUGGCGUGAGGCGACGCUGCGGCCGUUGCUGUACUGCGCGCUCCACGCUCCCGGGGAGGUCAGCGCCAGGGUUGUUGAGCUGGCGCAGAAGGCGGUGGAUACGUGCUCUGCCAUGGUUGUCAAGACUGCAUACCACCAUCGCCACGGGGGCAGUUGGUUCGUGGCGAGGAGGGCGUUCUCCUGCGCAAUGAUGAUUCUUGCCGCGAGACUACGGGACGGGCCCGUGAGGGCGCCGCCGAAUUGGAGGGCGUUGGUCAGGUUGGCGCUGAGGGUGGUUCGGCGAUGGGGUCGCGAGGCGAGGGAUGUGGAGAGGAUGAGGUCUACGUUGGAAAGGCUGUUCAAUCAGGCACAGGCGAGAGCCGGACCAGAGGUUGGUAAUUUGGGUUAG